CUGUAACUGUCUCUGUCAUUCAGUCUCCUUGGAGUUUUCUGCUCACUAAGAAAAGGACAAAUUAGUCUACAGUGGUUGGAGUUUCGUUUCCAAAUAAUUUAUCGUCCCAUAAUCAAUCAAGAUGGUUAUGACAGGGUUGACUCUUAAGAGCUUGAAACAUCACGUAGCUCUAAUCCCUCUGUUUGCCUGUGUCGGUCUUGGUGCCGUCGGCUCCAUCGGUUACCUAUUGCGCCUCGCUUUGAGGAACCCUGAAGUUUCAUGGGCAAAGACCAGCAAACCUGAGCCAUGGGAAGACUACAGGACUUCUCAGUACAAGUUCUACUCUCCCAACAUUGACUACUCAAAACUUGAAAGCCCAGCUCCCAAGUACUAGGCUGCUUAGUAAUUAUGUCGUCAACGUAAUAAUCCUGCAUAUUACAUGAUUCCAGGAUACGAGUCAAAGUUUCCAAUCUUGUUUCUGAAUAUUGUAUUAUAUUUACAUAUUAAAUAAAAUAGUCGACUGGUA